CUCAUCUUCUAGGCUGACUUGAUCAGCACUGAAGCACCUAUCCAGCAAAAAUGGGGUCGAAUCUGCCAGCUCAACCGAAUCUCCGGGUCACAAUCAUUGCAGCGGAUGGCCUGUACAAGCGCGAUGUUUUCCGAUUCCCAGAUCCCUUCGCGGUAGCCACCGUGGGUGGUGAGCAGACCCAUACGACCUCGGUCAUCAAGAAGACGUUGAAUCCAUAUUGGAAUGAGAUGUUUGAUCUGAAAGUCAACGAAGACAGCAUUCUCGCCAUCCAGAUCUUUGACCAGAAGAAAUUCAAGAAGAAGGAUCAAGGAUUUCUCGGUGUCAUCAAUGUCCGCAUCGGAGAUGUCAUUGACCUUCAAAUCGGUGGUGACGAGAUGCUCACCAGAGACCUAAAGAAGUCAAACGACAAUCUCAUCGUCCAUGGAAAAUUGAUCAUUAAUCUUUCCACUAAUCUCAGUACGCCUAACCCCACCCAACAGAAUGGCCACCGCGCUCAACCACAAGUAUCAACGUCGAGCGGCCUUGUCCCUCAAGUUCAGGCAUCCGCUCCCCAACCUCCUGCCGGCCCAGGCCAUGCCGACUCUUCCUCCUCGAUUCCCUCGGUGCCAUCAGUGCAGUCGGCGAAUCCACAGCGUGUCCCAUCUUCCGCAAGACCUUCUUCGACCGUCGCUUCCCCUAGUGGCGGCGCCGCCGCCGCCGCUGCCGCUCAGCCCAAUGGAAACAGUUCCAACUCCCGGGCGAACCUCAGUUCGUUUGAGGAUAGCCAAGGCCGACUCCCUGCUGGCUGGGAGAGACGCGAGGAUAACUUGGGAAGAACGUAUUAUGUGGACCACAAUACCCGGACCACCACGUGGACACGGCCGCCGUCCAACUACAGUGAACACAACCAGCGAUCCCAGCGGGAAGCCAAUAUGCAGUUGGAACGGAGAGCCCAUCAGAACCGGAUGCUGCCCGAAGACCGUACCGGUGCGAAUUCACCGAAUAUCCCGGACACUCAGCCACAGGCUCAAACCCCACCCGGGGGAAGUGCCAACGCUGUCUCUAUGAUGGCCACGGGAGCUACCAUUGCAGGCACUGGCGAGCUCCCUCCCGGGUGGGAACAACGGACAACACCAGAAGGCCGGCCAUAUUUUGUUGAUCACAACACGCGAACCACCACCUGGGUUGACCCCCGUCGACAACAGUACAUCCGGAUGUAUGGUCAGAACGCAAACGGCGGCAACACCACUAUUCAACAGCAGCCUGUUUCUCAGCUGGGUCCUCUGCCCAGUGGAUGGGAGAUGCGUUUGACGAACACCGCUCGGGUGUACUUCGUGGACCAUAACACCAAGACAACCACGUGGGAUGAUCCCCGUCUGCCCUCCUCUUUGGACCAGGGUGUGCCGCAAUACAAGCGUGACUUCCGCCGCAAACUGAUCUAUUUCCGGUCCCAGCCCGCGCUCCGCAUCAUGUCUGGACAGUGCCACGUCAAAGUGCGCCGCAACAACAUUUUCGAAGAUUCAUAUGCCGAGAUCAUGCGGCAGAGUGCUUCGGAUCUCAAGAAGCGGUUGAUGAUCAAGUUUGAUGGCGAAGACGGCUUGGAUUACGGCGGUCUUUCUCGUGAAUUUUUCUUCCUUCUCUCCCAUGAAAUGUUCAAUCCUUUCUACUGUCUUUUUGAGUACUCGGCGCACGACAAUUACACACUACAGAUAAAUCCUCACUCCGGUGUGAACCCAGAGCACCUGAACUAUUUCAAGUUCAUUGGUCGAGUCGUCGGUUUGGCCAUUUUCCAUCGUCGGUUCUUGGAUUCCUUUUUCAUCGGCGCUUUCUACAAGAUGAUGCUUCGGAAGAAGGUUACUCUGCAAGAUAUGGAGGGUGUCGACGAAGACCUCCACAGAAACUUGGCGUGGACCUUGGAUAACGAUAUCGAGGGCAUUGUCGAGCUUACAUUCUCUGUUGAUGAUGAGAAGUUUGGAGAGCGUACUACAAUUGAUUUGAUACCCGGUGGUCGGGACAUCCCCGUCACCAACGAGAACAAGGCGCAAUAUAUCGAACUGGUUACCGAAUGGAAGAUCAUGAAGCGCGUGGAAGAACAGUUCAAUGCUUUUAUGUCUGGUUUCAACGAAUUGAUCCCGGCCGAUCUGGUUAAUGUCUUCGACGAGCGUGAACUGGAGCUGUUGAUCGGUGGUAUUGCAGAUAUCGACGUGGAUGACUGGAAGAAGCACACCGACUAUCGCGGGUACCAGGAGUCGGAUGAGGUCGUUCAAAACUUCUGGAAGAUUGUCCGCACUUGGGACGCCGAACAGAAGUCUCGCCUUCUCCAAUUCACCACUGGUACCUCCCGAAUCCCCGUCAACGGUUUCAAGGAUCUGCAGGGCUCGGACGGCCCAAGAAGGUUCACGAUCGAAAAGUCUGGCGAUCCUGGGGCGCUACCCAAAUCUCACACUUGCUUCAAUCGUCUUGACCUCCCACCGUACAAGACACAUGAGACACUCGAGCACAAACUCACCAUCGCUGUGGAGGAGACACUGGGAUUCGGUCAGGAGUAGACACUGACUUCCACUGCGUGGAAAAGAGCGUGUCGCAGCUGAUGCCAGCCUUACUACUUACCACCUACAUCAUAUUUUCACUGUAAUAAUCGUAGCAACAAAUGCUCAUGUCAAACUCUGCUCUUCGUCGUUUCUCGAGCAGAACGAAUUUCAUACCUCCUUUUUCUUCUUUUUUCAUCCCCAUUUUCAUUCCCAUUUUCCGUCUUCAUUCCUCCUUUUCUCUUGCUGCUUUCGUUCCUAAUCCUGACCAUGGGGCUUGCAGCCACCCAUCAAAGGGCUGCUUGUUGAAACGGAUACCGCAUCCUCUGGAUCUAAUCCUCAUCUGCCUAAUCUCGCUCGAUUGCUGCUAUUGCCUCGCUUCUCUCGAUUGGUCGUUUUUUCUUUUGCCUUCGCCAUGUCAGAACCGUGUACAUAUUUCUCCGUGUAUCAUCUGUCUUGUUAUUCUAUUACGGUUACGCAAAGAAGUUUCAGAUAUGUCGAGAUGGGUCUAGAGUCUUGAA